UGACUUCUGAUAGGUAACUCGAUCAAGUGAUGCUACACCACCUCAUCAAGGUGGCUGGAGAGGCUAAAGAUGGUGAGGGCGAUUCACUGGUAUUCAGGCUUCAAGUCAUUAUUAUUAUUGACUGAAUCCACAAUGAGAAUACUCCAUGAGGUGCUAAUUCUAUUCUCUUAGAGUUACACUAGCACAGUUGAAUUGUUCCUUUCCAGCCUCGCCGCUCACAAUCCCCCCCCGCCCCCCGGACCCUCAGACCUGCAACAUGACACAAUCAACUGUUUCAGGCAAUAAAAAACCACCCAAUCCACUUGACUAAUCCUUGCCAAGUCCCUGAAGAUCGAAAGGCUAGGAUAAAAAAGCGAGGACUUGGAUCGAGAGGGUCUCAGGCUACGUGCAAGCGCCAAGGGAGGCCCCUCGCCAGCCAGUCGCGGGCCAGUCUCACCCUGUGCCUUGCAGAUUUCUGACAAUGAGCUGUCUAAAUGAGCCUUUCAAAUAUCGGAUGGAAGUUCAGUGGCAGAUCUCAGUGGCAGACCCUGUCGCUUGGAGGGUUCUCUGCAGAUGAAACAGAGCUGGGUCGCUCUCUUAGAGUCUCCACAGAUCAGUUCACCUCUAUUAUAUAUACUGAUGAUGAGAUAGAGGCUGGCCAUCCUCCAAUUCUCCUGCAGCGCUGGAACGUGGAGAAAAUUUCCUUCUAUUAUUAUCUGUUCUUACUGUUCUAUUCAUUGUCAUCUAUUGUCCCUCUGGGUUGCCUGUGGCAGACAGUCUUUCCUUCUAUUGACGCGGAACUUGUCUCAGAUAGCUAUUCAGUAUCUUUUUGAUCUAUAGAUCUUGCCAUUCAAUACAAAGGUAUUGUACCCAGCCACAUUGGGACUGCCAACUUUUUAUAUUUCCCAUUCGCA